AUGGUCGCAAUGCUGAAUGAGAAGUCGCGCCGGGGACGAGGGCACGUGUUGCUUUGGGUCUUGGCAUGGGCUUCUGCAGCUUUUGCCUUUACGGGUAGCACGACCAAGGCAAGGAAUGUGCCACCAACAGCAUCACUGCGUGAGUCCGAAGCUGCAGCUUUCAGCGGGGCAGUGGAGGUUUCAGCUGCUCCAAAUGUCCCAGAUAAUCUGACAAAGAGAGAGAAGAUCGAAUUCAUGUUGUGGAGAGCAUGGCACUCCAUGGGAAAUCCGCGUCCCCGAUCCAAAGAAGUGAGGGAAUGCAUCGCCUUCUUUCGUGGAUGUCAGCGUCAGCUUGGCCACAAGAAGCUUCUCGUGGAUGCUGCUGGAGGACAUGGUGGCAUCGCGUGUGUUUUCCUCGCACACAAGAGAGCUGAUCGAGCGAUCGUGGUCGAUUUGUACCAGCCGACGAGCUUUGAGAAUCUACGCAGGGCAUGGGCGGAUGAUCCGGAUGGGAGUGAUGCCUCGGUGAAGUACCACAUCGCGGACGUUUCGAGUCCGGACUGGCUGUCAUCACUUCUGGACAAAGAAGCCGGGGAUUUGCGGCCAAGUGAGAUCGGCGUGGUUUCCUGCCACGCAUGCAGCUUGUUGUCAGACGAGCUGAUUCGUGCAUGUACCAGAAGCCAAGUGGAUUUCGCUCUCAUGCCAUGCUGCCACGGCGAAGAUAGUCGUAAGGGCAAGAUGAUGUUGAACACCGCGAAGAUGCUUGGCAUACCUCACGACAUGCUGAUUGACAUAUCCCGCCUUGGGAUAAUUGAAGAGAGCUCUGGUUACAAAGCUUCGAUGAGAUGCAUUGACUCCAGCAUUACACCACAAAAUCGAGUACUUCUCGGGCUGCGGGAAUCAGAAGCAGAUGCCGAAAAGCGUGAGUUGGCGCGCUCGGCAUCGCUAUACCGACUGGCCAGAAAAUAUCGACACAUCGGCAUCCCUCUUGGAAAAGGAACUGGUCGCGUGACGGUGGAAAAUGCCGUUUCCCACCGCACACGCUACCAUGCGUGUAGCGCAAAGCUUGAGGCGGAAGCUGAGACGGGCAUGGUGGUAGAUGCCAGCUCCAAAGCAUCGCAGACAUCAGAUGAUACCGAGGAGGAGAAUCCACCUGAUGAUGAGCAUGAGCACAAGCGGCCAACAGCGCCGGAAGGUGUCACCACGCAGCCGCACAGGGCAGACUCCGCCUGGAGCUGGGCAGAGUACUUUCUGGUGCCUCCGUUCCAGUUUGGCGCCAUGUGCGGAAACGUCAAGGAGCCCUUCUGUGUGUUACCUUCGCGUGCACCCGCAACGCGAAAUGGGCAUUCCGCAGCAGCCUGGGUGGCGCCGUUGCCGGCUGUGGCCUUGGAAGGACCAGCGGACCUUCCAAAGUCUCAAGCCAUUGCAAUCUUGCCGCUCAAGAGACCCAGAAGGUCGCAAACUUCAGCCACUUCCUCUCCGAUGGAGGCUGAGCCGGUGCCACAGGCGACACAGGCUUCAAGCCUAUCUCGGCCAAAGCAGGUGGAGAAUCCGGCCAGCCAGCGGACGUUGAAGUUUUACCCGCAGCCUGGUGAUGAUCGCUCUGCAAACUCUGUGGACGUCAUCGAGCACGGCUUUGAGGUGCUCAUCGUGAGACGGGCUCCUUCACCAACCCCGAGGUGCCCGUCCGAUGUCCUGCGACCUGUCAUCGAAGAACCAGGAGAUGUGCCAACUGCAACCAGUGCGCCUCGGUGCGCCAGCAGAGGGCUGGAAGCCGAAGAGACUGGGAAGGCGACUACAGUCUGCAGCCAGGGCACUUCCAGGGAGGUCCGCCAGGACAGGGAGCCUUUUGAUCCUUACAUUUGA